CAGCCUUUCCCAAGCCAGGCCGUAAACGUUAAUCAAAAAAGGAGUGGAAAAAAAGGGACGACACGCGACGACUGCAUAUCCUUCCAAGACACUCGCAAAAGACAAAGCCCGACCUUCUACUAUCUUGGCCAUUCCUCUUUCGAAACCACCAAUCCUUGAGAUACCGUUUCCCUUGCUGGAUUUCGGAUUUUCUCCAAGGCUGCCUCGUGGCUGAGACCCUGGAAUUGAAGUUCGAGUCUGCCAACCGCCGAGCAGCCGCCCGGCGUCGGUGAUUUCCAUACCGUCUCCCCAAACCGCCCCAACGUCUGCUGUGAGCCAACAGAGAAACAAUCGUGCCGCAAUCUCGGCUGCGCUAACUAGUUCCCAAGCCGACCUGAUAACACAAAGAAAACUGAUUUGCGCCGACCACGCUCCAGCGCUUCUGCAUACCAUGGCUACAACCACGUCAGGCUUGACACGGCGCCGCGGAGCAGGAGGGGGCGGGGGAGCCAAUGGCGACGGCAACGGCAGCAAUGGCAUCGGCUCGCGGUCUAGUUCGGCCGCCAAUGUCAGGGACAGUGCGCCAGAGACGAGCUACGAGAGCGGCGAGAACGGCCACAGAAUCGCCUUUGACCCGCGCGACAUUAGCGAGAGCGCCGAGCGCAGUAAGCAGCCAAAACUGACCCUGAUGGAAGAGGUGUUACUGCUGGGACUCAAAGAUAAGCAGGGUUACCUGUCAUUUUGGAACGACAACAUCUCAUAUGCCCUGCGCGGCUGUAUCGUCCUCGAACUCGCCUUCCGCGGCCGAAUCAGCAUGCAAAAGACCCCGACGAGACGGAACUAUCCCCUGCCCGACCGGAUCAUUGAAGUUAUCGACGACACCCUUACAGGCGAGGUGCUGCUCGACGAGGCGCUCAAGAUGAUGAAGUCGAGCGAGAAGAUGAGCGUCAGCAGCUGGAUCGACCUUAUGAGCGGUAUGCAGAAACUUCAGCCGAGCGAGACAUGGAACCUCAUGAAGAUUGGCUACCAGCUCAAGCAAGUCCGCGAACGGCUCGCCAAGGGUCUAGUCGACAAGGGCAUUCUGCGGACCGAGAAGCGUAAUUUCUUGCUUUUCGACAUGGCCACACACCCAGUGGUGGACGGCGGCGCAAAGGAGGAGAUCCGCCGGCGCGUUCGCAACGUGUUGACACAGCGCACCGUCGUGCUCAACCCUUCCCAAUACCUCCCCGAGCACCUCGAAUUCCGCUAUCUCCGGACCGUGGCCAUGGUUUGCGCGGCCUAUGCAGCCAACGUCCUCGAGAACGCCCUGUCGACGCUCGGCCACGAGGCCCGGGAGAAGGCCUUCAACCAAACGGACGAGCUACUGGCCGACUACAGUCAGUGGCCGUUCGGCAAGAAGGCAACAAACAACGAUGUCGGCGAAAAUCUGCCGCAGGUCAUCGCCGAGGAAGUCAACAAAGCCCCAGAAAAGGAGCUCCAACUCGAGGUCGUAGCCGCCUGCCUGAGCGUCUUUACUCGCCUCGACUCCCUCCUUUAGGGUGUUUGGACUCGUCAGUCCCGCUCUUUAAGCCGGCUGGAAGCUGUUCUUUGCGACGUGCGGGGACUAUGCGGCGUAUGCUCACCCAUCUCACCCAACCGCUCCAGGCUUCUUACCGUUAAACCCGAUCU